UGCAUUGUGGGAACACUUCGGCCACAUGUACAUCUUGCGCAUGCUCUUGUGGACAGUACCUCGUUGCAAGGAGAGAGCCAGCAUAGACGCACGCCUGAUCUCAUUCUCUAGACCAGGUUCCUGAGCAAAUCAACAUGAGUACAGGAUUCACCCCUCGUGGCCGAGGAGGUUUCCGCGGAGGCUCCGGCGAUCGAGGUGGAAGAGGGAGCUUCGGUGGUGGAAGGGGGAGCUUCGGUGAUCGGGGUGGAAGAGGAAGCUUUGGCGACCGUGGACGUGGUGGCUUUAGAGGAGGAAGAGGUGGAAGUUUCAGGUCGCCAGAAGGAGGUGGAUUCAGAGGGAGGGGUGGUGGCAGAGGUGCACCGAGAGGCAGAGGUGGUGCAAGAGGAGGAUUUGGAGCAGGAAGGAAGGUUAUUGUGGAACCCCACAGGCAUGAAGGAGUGUUUAUCUGCAGAGGGAAAGAAGAUGCUCUGGUGACCAAAAACAUGGCGGUCGGAGAAUCGGUUUAUGGUGAAAAGAGGAUGAGUGUUGAGGAAGGCGAGACGAAGAUUGAGUACCGUGCAUGGAAUCCAUUCCGCUCCAAGUUGGCAGCAGCCAUCCUGGGAGGUGUGGACCAGAUUCAUAUAAAACCAGGGUCGAAGGUCAUGUACCUCGGAGCAGCCUCAGGGACUACAGUGUCCCAUGUUUCCGAUAUUGUUGGACCAGAAGGGCUGGUUUAUGCUGUAGAGUUUUCCCACCGAUCAGGCCGCGAUCUUUUAAACGUGGCAAAGAAAAGAACCAACAUUAUUCCAAUUAUUGAGGAUGCCCGUCACCCGCACAAGUACCGCAUGCUUGUUGGUAUGGUUGAUGUCAUUUUUGCUGAUGUUGCCCAGCCUGACCAAACCAGGAUUGUCGCACUGAACGCUCACAACUUCCUGAAGAAUGGGGGGCACUUUGUCAUCUCCAUCAAGGCAAACUGCAUUGACUCGACAGCAGCCCCAGAAGCAGUGUUUGCAUCCGAAGUAAAGAAGAUGGGGGCUGAGAACAUGAAGCCACAAGAACAGCUCACGCUGGAACCCUACGAGAGGGACCAUGCUGUAGUUGUAGGCAUUUACAGACCACCUCCCAAAGCAAAGAAAUGAGCCUUGGAGAGCAUUGCCAAAUGCUAAACAGACUUUGAAACCUCCAUCCGUUUCCCCAGGCAUCAUAAUGCCAGAAACCUCUUCAGUUCUUCUUCACCCUUAUCUUGUCCAUGCAAUGUGGCAUGUCGGAAAAGCGGCUAAUCCAUUGUUUUCAAGCAACCUGACAUCAACUUGUGGAGAAUAUUUUUCCUUUUGCUCACGAUUGCAUUGAUUUAAAAAGCUGGGGGAAAACGUGGAUUACAGGACAGGAUACAGUCGUAGGCUUACUUUGGCUUUUCUUUUGGUUGCAUUUUUCUCUUGUGAUUUAAUUGUAUUGUUUGAUACUGUGCCCCACAUUUAUCGUUAUUGUCAAGGAAUUCUUAAUUCUAGAGAGGUCCAUGACUUUGUAAAGUUGCAGAAAUGUUGCUCAUUCUGUUUCUGGCAUCUAGAUUAUAGCUUGUAGAAACUUUUUGACUAAAUGUCUUUUUGAAAAUAAAACCCAUUUCUGUAAUUUUGUAAACUUAAAGAAUUUUGGUUGAAACAAGAAGUCGAGGAAGUUGAAAGUAAAAAUAUAAGAUAUGCAGGCUCUUGUUUUAAUUUUUUUAAUAAAAUUCUUAAACCAC